AUGGAGAAGAAGUUAAGGGUAAAGAAGAAAGCAUGGAUGGGGAAGAAGUCGGGGAUGGAGAAGAAGUUCUGGAUGGAGAAGUUUGGAAUGGAGGAGAAGAAUCGAAGUAAAGGGAAGAAGUUAAGGAAGAAGAAGUUUAGGAAGGAGACGAAGUCAAGGAAGAAGAAGUUUUGGAUGGAGAAGAAGUUAAGGAUAAAGAAGAAAGUAUGGAUGGGGAAGAAGUUUGGGAUGGAGAAGAAGUUUGGAAUGGAGAAGAAUCUACUAAUUAAGGAAGCAGAAGAAGUUAAGGAGGAUGGAGAAGAAGUUAGGGAAGGAGAAAAGGUGAAGAAUGAAGAACAAGUUAGGGAAGGAGAAGAAGUUAAGGAUGGAGAACAAGUUAGGGAAGGAGAAGAAGUUAAGGAUGGAGAACAAGUUAGGGAAGGAGAAGAAGAAGUUAAGGAUGGAGAAGUAGUUUGGGAUGGGGAAGAAGUGAAGGAAGGAGAAGAAGUUAAGGAAGAAGAAGAAGAAGAAGUUUUGGAUGGAGAAGAAGUUAAGGGUAAAGAAGAAAGCAUGGAUGGGGAAGAAGUUUGGGAUGGAGGAAAAGUUUGGAAUGGAGGAGAAGAACCAAAGAUAAAGAAGAAAGUAUGGAUGGGGAAGAAGUUUGGGAUGGAGAAGAAGUUUGGAAUGGAGAAGAAUAUACUAAUUAAGGAAGCAGAAGAAGUUAAGGAGGAUGGAGAAGAAGUUAGGGAAGGAGAAGAAGAAGUUAAGGAUGGAGAAGUAGUUUGGGAUGGGGAAGAAGUGAAGGAAGGAGAAGAAGUUAAGGAAGAAGAAGAAGAAGAAGUUUUGGAUGGAGAAGAAGUUAAGGGUAAAGAAGAAAGCAUGGAUGGGGAAGAAGUUUGGGAUGGAGAAGAAGUUAAGGAUGGAGAAGAAGUUUGGGAUUGGGAUGGAGGAGAAGAACCGAAGUAUGGAGAAGAAGUUAAGUUAGGAAGGAGACGUAGUCAAGGAAGAAGAAGUUAA